GUUGCUCAUACAAUACUAUUGAAAGCAAGGAACACUUAUAGUCAUUCAUACCUGCCAUCGCAGAAGGUUCCAAAGUUUGCUUGCUUGCGGAAGGCCGUUUGCACUGAUAGCAUUGAACAGCGCACACAGGACACAUACAUUGUCUAGAUAUUAACGGUUAUGUACAUUGAUACUGAGAACUGUUAUAAGCCUGUGUCGGUGUAGCUUAGCCAUGGGCCUGGUGGCCUGAACUGGGUUCAUUCUCGGCGAUACCACGGACAACGCUAUGUGGGGAUUACUGGGCAAGCUGCUGCUACUGGGCGCAUGUCGACGCAUCGCCAAGCGCCCAACCGCCGCCGUUGAAACCGCCGCACUCGUCCUCGCCCUCAACGAACGACGCAUCGGUCGCGGAUGCAAACGAGAUGUGCUCGUACAAGCAGCCCACGUCAUCCUGCUGCCGGCAGCGGUUAUCAAAACCGUGCGCCUAAUUAGGUACCUAGCGGGCGGGGGCAGCGGAAAGCGACGCUGUGGCGCCGCAGGCGGCGUCUGCGCCCGCGGCGGCGGCGGACGAGGGCUGCCACUGGCCGGCGCGACGGCGGCGGCCGCCGCCGCGGCGGCGGGGGUGCCAGUGGAGGAUGUUGCGGCGGCGGCGGCGGCGAGUGAGGUGGAUCCGCUCGCGGCGGCGGCGGCUGUUUCCGUACUGCCGACGUUUCGUCACCAACCGCCGCCGCUGCCUCGCGCGGUGCCCCGGGCGGAGUGGGGCCUCAUUCAGAUCCCCGAGGUGGCUCCGGAGUACGCGGCCUGGGUGCGCUGCCUGAGGAAUGUGCUAGCCCAGCAGGGUGUGCGCUCGCUGCCUGCCGGGUUGGAUCCGGACGGUCUGGAGCUCACCCGCUACCUGCUGUACGGGGGGCUGCUGGCGGCCAGCAAGCCCGCUGAUGCCGUUCGCGCAGUGGCGGGCAGCGCUGUGCGCGUUGCCAGCAGUGCCAGCUGGCGGGGCAGCUACCCCUUCAUGAGAGGCCAGGAGCUGCAGGACUGGGAGGACGUCACCUGGUGGGCGGGACCCGACCCCGACGGAACCCUCUGGCUGCAUGUGCACCUGGCACGAGCCGUGGGGCGCUGCGCGCUGGGGGAGGGAAGACAAACCGUCGCGGCGAUCGUGUCACAACUGGAGUACGGCACUCGGGUUCUGAUGGCAGGAGGAG